CAACGCCAUUAGGGCGUGGCUUAAUAAUACUACUAAGAUAUAUCUAUGAGAACAGCGUGGGUUAAUGUUAAUUGAAGUAUUUCACUUAUCCGGCUACAGGAAACUGUGGGUUUGAACAUGUGACAGCCUUAAAGAUAAGAGCAACGGUUGGAAAUGCUUUAGUAGGGAGUUGCUGCAUAGGUUCAUGAGUCCGUCUGCUCCCGGUCUCCUGCCAAGGUGCUAAUUGGGCAGAAUCAGAAACAGAAGAGUGUGGUUGGAUCAUAAAGACAGCACAGAGAAAACCUGCUGCUUGUGCUCAUCUGCCUCUACAACAUGGCUGAGAAGGAUAGAAAGCCUCUUCUUCUCUGUGUCCAGUGGAGCCUAUGAUGGAGCGCACAGGAAUGCGGCUAGAACGGAAAGUCCUGCAUUUUGUUUAGAUAAGGGGAAGAGCAUGGCCCUGCGCGAGUCUCCAUUUCCUAAUUGCUUUGUCGCAGGCAUCCAUGCUGUGGGAUGGGCAUUGAUUCUGCCUUGUUUCUUCUUUCUUGAUCGUCUUAUUGCGGUGUGCAAGUCCACCACCCUGGAGCAAACCCAGCGACUGGAGCAGGAAUGCUACCUCUACCCCCUAAAGGUCUUCUUUGGCUCCAUCAUCUUCUUCAUUCUUUUUCUUGCUACAGCCCCCUUGGCCUUCCUAGGCUUUCUGCUCUGGGCACCACUUCAGGCCUGCCGCAGACCCUUCUGCUACCACCGAGAGACACUAUCCCCACCAGAGAGGGAGAUGCACAGGGGUUUUGAGCUGGAAGGAAAGGCAUCAUUUGGCUUUGCAUCAGCCAACCUAUGUCUUUUGCCCGACAGCCUGGCUCGCUUCAAUAACCUUGGACAGACACAGCACAGGGCGACUGCUAUUGGCCAGUGCAUUGUGCAAGGUGUGGUUCGACCCCAUAUUCGCAUAUUUGUUGACUCCCCCAGCAGCUGUGGUACUCUCAGUCCCUCUAACAGCAUACUCCCGACAGGUAACUCAUCUACAUAUGGGGCCACAGAUAGACAGGCGCAGCCCCUAAGUCACCAUUCAGAGAGAGACUCAGCUGAAGGACAUGGUCCAAUCCCAAGUACCAAUAGUCAUGUGGUUUGUGUGCCCUGUGAUGAUACAAAAGAGCCCUCUACAGAAUCACCGUCCACCCUCAACUCCAAUCCGAACCAGCAGGGCCAAAUGAGCCACCGAAGUGCUCCCCGAGCUUUGCUCUCCCAGGGUCUCCGCCAGCAAGACGACAUACCCUGGGAAGUGUCGUCGUUGUUUCCAGCCAAUGUUGACAUACUGUGCCUAGAGGAGGUGUUUGAUAAGAGGGCUGCACAGAAACUCGUCAAUGCACUAAGACCUGUGUAUGGACACAUACUUUAUGAUGUUGGUGUGUACGCCUGCCAGCCACCAUGCAGCUGUUCCUCUUUCAAGUUCUUCAACAGUGGCCUGUUCCUUGCUAGCCGGUUCCCAGUGCUAGAAGCCCAGUACCACUGCUUUCCAAAUGGCCGAGGGGAAGACGCACUGGCUGCCAAGGGCCUCCUUUCUGUUAAGGUGCUAAUUGGGCAGAAUCAGAAACAGAAGAAUGUGGUUGGCUACUUUAACUGUACACACCUUCAUGCACCAGAGGGUGAAGGGGAAAUUCGCUGUGAGCAGUUGAACAUGGUAACCAAGUGGAUUGGCGAUUUUCAAGCUGCCAACAGACUACCUGAUGAGGAUGUUGUUUUUGAUGUGCUCUGUGGAGAUUUCAACUUUGACAACUGCUCACCUGAUGACUCUCUAGAACAGAAUCACUGUCUGUUUCAGGAGUACAGAGACCCUUGCAGGGCAGGGCCUGGAAAAGAGAAACCCUGGGUCACUGGUACUCUGCUGAAGCAGCCUACAUUGUAUGACGAUGAUGUAAACAGACCAGAACAUCUCCAAAGAACUUUGGAGAGAGAGGAGCUGAGAAAGCAUUAUAUCUCCCCUCCUGUUCGCAAAGACGGCUCCUCAUUUGUUUACCCUGAUGCUGGCCAGCCAUGGAUUGGACGACGGAUCGACUAUAUCUUGUUCCGUGAAAGCUCCAUUUCAAAACACUGUCGAACAGAAAUUGAAGAGGUGUCGUUCAUAACCCAGCUGGCUUGCCUUACGGACCAUGUCCCUGUGGGCUUGAAACUGAAUGUAAUGAUGGAAAGUGGCCGUACUGAUGAAUGAGGACUAAUGUGAACGAGGUGUUGUGUUCAGACAAAGGGAACAAAAUGUAAAAAGAUGCACAUUGCUCUACAGGCACAACAAUGAUUUGUUUACAUGUUUUAAUUUGUGAUUUCAAUGACAAUGCACAGACCAGAAUAACUCAGGUAGCAUUAAUAUGGACUUAUUGAUAUUUCAUAAUGUAUACAAUUUUAUACAUUGAGGCUUUUUAAGGCCAGGGGUAGUGAUUUUGUAUGACAAUAUAUUUUUGGAAUUUUUCAUUCUGA